CCGAUGAAUUGCAGAAACCGUUUCUGUGGCCUAUCUAUUUCAAUGGAAAAUGGAAGUGGACUCUUCAUUGAUUCAGAUCCGAUCAGAUGCUUCCUCAAUCAUCACCUCACUCUUAUCACCGACGACCGCCGCCGUCACUAUACUCAAUUCUUAGCCUAUGGACCGCAGGCCGCCGGUCACUCAGUUCCCGGUAAACCUCAAUUGUCAAAGCCCACCCGAUCAAGAAGAUGACGACAACAGGAAACGUACCACUGAGAUGGAUUUCUUCGCCGAUAACAAGCAAUCAGUCCAUCAUCCCAUCCCUAGAUCUUCUUCUGCUCAUGAUGAUUCGAUCGGAUUGGAAUUUCAUGUCAAUACUGGAUUGCACCUUCUUACUGGAAACACGAGUAGCAAUCAUUCCAUGGUGGAUGAUGGCAUGUCAACUAGGUUUGAAGAUCGAAGAACUCAAUCUAAGAUGGCACUUGUGCAAGCAGAGCUCGAGAGAGAAAAGGCAGAGUACGAGGGACUAAAGGUAGAGUACGAGAGACUGAAAGUAGAGAUGGAGAGAAAGAACGCUGAGGUUCUUCAAAUGGGGGAUUUGUAUACUCAGUUGAGUAGACAGUAUCUGGCUCUUAGAGAAAUGUACGAUGUAAAAUGCCAGCAAUUGGAUGAAGUUAAAGGAAAAGAGAAUUUAGACGACAACAAUAAAUGCAAGGGUGUUGACAAAGUCCGACAGUUCCUAGACCUGGCUCCGUCCUCCACAGCCAUCGUGAACUCUCCUCCUCAGUGUUCGUCCUCUGCUAAUAAUGUGGAAUUAUAUGGUAAUGGUCAAGGAAGGGAGAAUACUCCGGAUGAAAAAGUGUCAAAUCCGAACAAAUCUCAGACAGUUAACUGCAAUUCUGCAUCGCCUUCUUAUUCUAAAGGAUCUUCUGAUCAAGCUUCUGCUUCUGCUGAAGCUAGUAUGAGAAAAGCCCGGGUCUCUGUACGUGCCCGGUGUGACACGCCUAUGAUCACAGAUGGGUGUCAAUGGAGGAAAUAUGGGCAGAAAAUGGCAAAAGGGAACCCGAGUCCCCGAGCUUAUUACCGUUGCACAAUGGCAGCGGGUUGUCCAGUUCGAAAGCAGGUACAAAGGUGUGCAGAAGAUAAAACUAUACUGAUAACUACCUACGAGGGAAAGCACAGCCACCCGUUACCACCGGCUGCGAUGGCGAUGGUUUCAACCACAUCCUCAGCUGCCAAGAUGUUGCUUUCGGGCUCGUUGUCGAGUGCGGAUGCAAUAAUGAAUUCCAACUUCUUCGCAAGAACUCUACUGCCAUGCUCAUCAUCAAACAUGGCCACAAUCUCUGCAUCGGCUCCUUUCCCAACAGUCACACUAGACCUCACCCAAAAUCCUAAUAAUUCUUUACAACAAUACUUCCAAAGACCUCCACCCCAGUUCCAAGUCCCUUUCCCAAAUCCACCUACAAAUCUGGAGGGUGCAGCAGCUCUAGGGCCUAAUUUGUUGCCACAAAUGCUAGGGCAGGCGUUUUAUAACCAAUCUAAUUUCUCCUCGCAAGAUGGAGAAUCGUCUGCAACUCAGCAUAACCCUAUGGCGGAUACAGUUGCUGCUUUGGCUUCUGAUCCUAAUUUCGCUUCUGUUCUUGCUGCGGCUUUAACCUCGUUUAUAGGUGCCGCUGCUCAUCCCACCGGUGCAGGAAACAACAAUGUUGGUGCUAGUGACAACAAGUCUACUGAUAAUAAUUCUAGUCAUCCUGGAUCAAAUUGAUGUCUGUACUGUUUUGUUUGUUAACCAUGCUUGUAUCUCAUAAUCAGGCCUUUUUUGAAAUUCAAUUCUGGUCAAAAUCAAUUCAUUCUGACCAGAAUCUUUAUUUUUGGGAGGUUGAUUUGUUUAGAAAUGCUUGGAUGUAACAUUUAGGCUUUUCUUCUAUUCUUUUAUUUUUUUGGUUGGAAUAAUAUGUUUAAAGACAUUUCCCAUCCCUUUUCUCUAGGCAAUUGUGUUAUUUUACAAUUGUUAUAUCUUAAUGAAGACAUUUAUUAUGU